AUGAACCGUGAGAAAAAGCCGAACUCUUUCAAUGAUACGUCACCCUCUUCUCGUGCAUGGGAUCAUAGCAGUAACGGUGAUGGGGCUCCGUUAAAAGGGUGUUGGGGCUCCGUUAAGGUACAUCGAUGGGACACGCCUCACUCAAUGGAGUGUAUGGGGCUUUAUAUUGUGAAAUAUUAA